AUGACACACCUCACCUCUGCAUUGCCGACAAUCGACUGGGCUCUGCAAGUUGUGCCUUCCUCUAUACAGAUGUCACAGCCGACGACCUUCUGCUUGCUGGUGGUGCCGGCAAUGUCGCUGCUGCUCUCGUCUCCCGUCGGUCGAAGCUCCGAGAACGUCACCCUAAGCCCUGGCUGUCACUUGCACCCGUUCAACGUGAGCGUCCGCAGCGACCGGCGCGGCACCUGUCGAGGGACCCACCUGGUGCACGCCUGCGUAGGCUACUGCGAGUCUAGCGCCUUCCCUUCCAGGUACUCCGUGCUGGUUGCCUCCAACUUCACCCGCAACGUCACGUCAUCGUCACGUUGCUGUACCAUCGGGAAGGAGGCCAAGGUCAAAGUUCGCCUGGAGUGUCCCGGAGGGCGUCACCACGACGACUUGGAGAUCCUGACAGCCAAGGCCUGCCGCUGCGACAUGUGCCGAACGUCCCGCUACUGA